GUGAAGGCAUAUAGACAAGCACUUUUGCUGGUACAGUACAAAUGGCCUUUUUCUCUUUUGUGUCUGAGUUCUGGGGAUGGCAGUGGACGGACAUCCAAGUGUUUCUCUUCUUCUCUGCUGUCUUCUUGCUGUUAACUGAUUAUGCUAAGAACAUCCAGCCUGCUAACUUCCCCCCUGGACCCAGGGCUUUGCCUUUCAUAGGGAACUUGUUCACUGUUGACUUCAAAAAGCUCCACGAAAAUUGUACUCAGCUUUCUGAGAAGUACGGGGAUGUGUACAGUCUGAGGAUGGGUCAGACAUGGAUGGUUGUGUUGAAUGGUUACCAGACCAUAAAGGAAGCCCUGGUGGCCCAGGGAGCAAGCAUGGCCGACAGACCCAUACAACCUAUCCUCGAGGACGUAAACCUCAAUUUGGGUGUUAUAUCUUCGAAUGGUCAUCGAUGGAAGCAGCAGAGGCAAUUUGCCCUUUCAACUCUGAAAUAUUUUGGAGUCGGCAAGAAGUCCCUGGAAUCUGCCAUACUGGACGAGUUUAAAUAUUUGUCAACGUAUAUUGCUGAAUAUAAGGGUAAGCCCUUCAAUCCUCACCUGAUAAUCAACAACGCUGUCUCCAACAUAAUCUGCUCUCUGGUCUUUGGACACCGUUUUGAGUACAGCAAUGCCAGGUUCCAAAAAGUAAUGAGCAUGUUUGACCAGGCCCUGCAGAUUCAAGGUUCCAUUUGGGCACAGCUGUACAACUCAUUCCCUGUGAUAAUGAGGCGACUCCCAGGCCCACACCAGUCAGUGCAGAACAUCUGGAAUGAAGUGAAGGCCUUCCUGAGGACAGAGUUCAAGGAACACAGGAAGAACUGGAACCCCUCUGACCCUAAGGAUUAUAUUGACUGCUACCUGAGUGAGAUUGAGAAGACUAAGGACAAUGUAUCCAGUACAUUUGAUGAGGAGAACUUGGCUAUUUGUACCCUGGACCUGUUUGUUGCUGGAUCUGAGACCACAUCCACCACGCUUCGCUGGGGCUUCCUCUAUAUGUCCAAAUACCCUGAGAUCCAAGAGAAGGUCCAGGCUGAGAUUGACCGAGUGGUAGGCCGGUCUCGUCAGCCAACCAUGGCGGACAGAACCAGCAUGCCCUACACCGAAGCCGUCAUCCACGAGGUACAGAGGAUGGGCAACAUCGUGCCUCUAAGCGUGCCUCGCAUGACCAGCAAGGACGUCCGGCUGGGGGGCUACGUCAUCCCAAAAGGUGUCACCAUCAUCACCAAUCUGACCUCUGUGAUGUUUGACAAGAGCGAGUGGAAGACUCCCUACACCUUUAACCCUGGACACUUCCUAAAUGAAAAGGGAAACUUUGACAAACGAGCCAGUUUUAUCCCUUUUUCUGCAGGUAAACGAGUCUGCCUGGGGGAAAACCUGGCCAGGAUGGAGCUCUUCCUCUUCUUCACUUCCUUCAUGCAGAGAUUCUCGUUCUCCAUGCCACCUGGUGUGAAGCAUGCGAUGGACUACAACUUUGGUGUCACCCUGUCACCUGUUUCCUAUGAGAUCUGUGCCACCCUGCGCCAAUGAGAUUACAUUGGUCCAGUGAGAUGGAAUGGUUUCUCCUAUACAGAUAUCAUGACAAUGAAUGACUGAGGGAAUGUUUUUUUAUGUAUUACUUGUUUUACAUGAUUUAGAUCAUGAUUUAGAAUUUUGCAUGAAACAUUAUGAUUAAGAUCAAAAGGACAACUUUAAGAUUCCAUAAGGAAUUCAACAUGUUCAAGGCAUUCCAUAAGGAAUUCAACAUGUUCAAGGCAUUCCAUAAGGAAUUCAACAUGUUCAGGGCAUUCCAUAAGGAAUUCAACAUGUUCAAGGCAUUCCAUAAGGAAUUCAACAUGUUCAGAGCAUUCACUUAAGUAUUUGGGCAGCGGCACAAUUUUUGUUGUUGUUUCGACUCAAUUCCUUAGCAGUUUGGAUUUGAAAUCAUACAAUUUAAAUGGGGUUAAAUUGCAGGCUGUCAACUUAGAUUUGAAAUCCAAAUUAGAUAAACAAUUUAGAACAGCAAUUUUCUCUGAAAAAACAGCAUGGUGGAAAGACAAAUAUUAACAUGCACCAUAACAUGGAGGUUGCAGGAGACAGGUGCAGAUGUGAUGGAACAAACUGUACUUCAAUUAAAAAAGACUUGGCAUAGACCAGUGGUUCCCAACCAGGGGUACUAGGACCUCUGAGGGUACAUGGCCUCUCCACCGGGGGUACUUGAAAACAGUCAUGACACCGUAGGCUUACUAGUGAAAUUAACAUGAGGGGGUACUUCAGGGGUGCUCCAAGCAGAGCAAAAUUCUGUCUGUGGUACAGUAACUGAAAACGUUUGGUUAACAUUGGAUAGAUGAACAAUACAGACUGACCUUAAGUGAAACAACUUACAGCAAGUAAUGACAGACAAGAAACACUACGGGAGGAGGAGCUUGAACUGGGACUUAACGAGGGGGCAAAUAAGUCACAGGUGACAGGACUAAAAUGGUGAAACCAUUAAACACAAGGACUCCAAACCAAACACAGAAAUGAAGAAACUACAACAGAAACACAGAGAACAUAGAAACAUGACAACCGGCAUGGCACCGGCUGUGACCGGCUGUUACAUGUACCAGAGUGCUAUCAACAGGAAAGUGUAGAAGUGUGUAAAAAGGACAAUGACCCCAGAAAUACUGCUAAAGCAAACAACACGUUUUUUUCAGGGCCAAAAAGUGAAACGUUUUGGAAUGGCCAACUCAAUGACCCGCCCUGAAGCCAAAGGAGCAUUUCACUUGUUGACAAGAUUGAAGGUAAAAAUGCCCCAAGACAAACAGUAAACUGAAAAUGGCUGCGUGCCUGGCAGAGCGUCACCAGGGAGGACACCCAGUGUUUGAUGACAGUCUGCACUUUGAUGGCUUAGUAGUUGUUUCAUUUUAAAUCUAAUGUGCUGGAGUACAGAGUCGAAAACAACAACUCUUGUGUCACUGUCUAAAUACUUAUGGAAUGGACUAUAUACGACCUUGCAGGGUGUGCAGCAUUUGCGGGGUGACACGUUUACCACCUUUUUUGCUAUGGUUACCUAUUUGUCAAUCACUUGCCUUCAUUCUGAAGCUAUCAAAAUAAAAUCCCCAUGUUUCCAGUU